AUGCAGCAGAACACCAACCUUGUGGAAGACUUCCCUCUCAAUGUAUUUUCGGUCACUCCUUAUACGCCCAGCACAGCCGACAUUCAGGUGUCUGAUGAUGAUAAGGCAGGAGCCACUUUACUGUUCUCAGGUAUCUUUCUGGGACUGGUAGGGAUCACAUUCACAGUGAUGGGCUGGAUCAAGUACCAAGGCGUCUCUCACUUUGAGUGGACACAGCUUCUUGGGCCGAUUCUACUCUCAGUUGGGGUGACAUUUAUCCUGAUCGCCGUGUGCAAGUUUAAAAUGCUCUCUUGUCAGUCUUGCAAAGAAAGUGAGGAAAGAACGCUGGACACAGACCAGACUCUGAGUGGACAAUCUUUUGUUUUCACUGGGAUCAACCAACCUAUAACAUUCCAUGGGGCAACUGUGGUGCAGUAUAUUCCUUCUUACGCAUCUCAGGACACCGUCGGGGUAAAUGCCACUUAUCUGCCCCCGUUUGUGAAUCCUUUUGGUGUUGCCAACCCAGGAGGGCCAACGGGGCCUGUGCCAAGCCCCCCUCAGUAUUGUACCAUCUAUCCUCAUGAUAAUGCUGCAUUUACUGACGAUGAGCUCUACCCUUCCUAUAUGGACUUGGAUCGCAGAAAUGAUAACAGGUCAACUACUGAUGCUGAACAACUAGAGGAGAUACAGCUGGAAGACAACAGUUGUGACUGCCUUUCUCCUCCCUCAUAUGAGGAAAUAUACUCCAUCCCACGCUAG